AUGGCGGAUCAGUUGCCGGAAUCCGGGCCCAGCAACCCAGACAAUUAUGAAAUUGUGCGCAAAAUAGCGCUUAUCCCGCAAGAACAUACCCAGCUCAUCGUGGGAGUACAUUGCACAGGACACGGGCGAUAUUCCGACGUCUUCGAGGGGGUCAACGUGCGAAAAGGUCUCAGAUGCGCCAUCAAAUCGCUCAAGGCCACCCGGGACCACCACGUCCGCCGCGAGAUCAAGGUCCUCGAGGCCCUGCGCGGCGGGGUGAACAUCAUUACGCUUCUUGAUAUCGUCACGGGCGACCAGGACCGGCCAACCUCCCUCGUCUUCGAGCUUGCCGACCACGUUGACUUCCGGUCGCUGUACCCCCGGUUCAGCGCUGCCGACGUCAAGUUCUACACACGUGAGCUGCUCAAGGCCCUGGAGUUCGCACACGACCAGGGCAUCAUGCACCGCGACGUCAGACCGCACAACGUGCUGUUCGACCCUGCCAAGAGAAGGUUACUCCUAAUCGACUGGGGCUCAGCCGAGUUCUACGAGCCCCGGACCGAGUACACCGUGCGCGUGGGCCGGGCCUUCAAGGCCCCCGAGCUCCUGCUGCACCACGGCGAGUACGACUACGGCGUGGACAUGUGGCAGGUCGGCUCGAUGCUGGCGGGCGUGGCGUUCCGGCGGGAGCCCUUCUUCCACGGGGUGAGCAACGCGGACCAGCUGGACCGGAUCGCGAGGGUGCUGGGCACGAGCGGGCUGCGCAACUACGUGGAGCGGUACGACAUGGGGAUGGCGGACGUGGACGACGUCGCGGUCCACGCGGGGCGGCCGUGGCUGGAGUUUGUCACUGACGAGAAUAGGCACCUGGCGGAGGAGGAUGCGAUUGAUCUUCUGGAUAAGCUUCUGCGGUGGGAUCACAAGGUGGGUUUUUUACUCUUGAGGAUGUUGGUCUGGGAGGGGGUUGUUGAGUGUCUUGUUAACCGUGAUGAGUUUAGGACCGGUUGA